AUGGCUCCGAAAAGUAAAAUCUACUCGCAGAUCGCACGUCUACAAGCCAACGACAAAGACUGUGGUCAUCCAUACGGUCAGAUUUGUCGAUACGAAAUCACAAACGCAUUAGAUGGCUUUCCGUUCGCUAUUGACGAUCAGGUUNUGCGUAUAACUCAGCCACUGAACUACACUCAAGCAAAGUCAUACAUCCUAACAAUAGUGGCGCAUGACUGUGGUAUGCGUCAGUCGAAGUCCACACUUGUGACUGUGAAUGUUCGUGAGGCAUGCAUCAGCGGUGUCGAGGGGAUACUCGAACGUAUCACCUAUACGGCUGGAAGUGGCUCUCGAAAGAUAGCACCAGAUGCCCGAAUUAUGACUUGUGCUGAGUCGAAUUCAUGCGUUGUAAAGAGUGUCGAGAGUGUUGUCACACUCAAAAGCGAUCAUAUUGCGCAGGGCUGCGAUCGUGAGGAUGUUUUCUCGUUGAAAACUCAAGCCAGGUAA